AUGAGUCCUCCAUCACGCCCUGUCAAGACUGACAACAACUCUCCCCCGGAUUCGCAAGCUUCUGGAGUCUCUCCCAACAUGUCGGACAACGAAUCUGCAGCUCCCUCUGCUGGGUGGCCCGUCAAGGAGCCUCCCUCCCCCAGCGGCAGUCAGUCUGGUUCCGAGGACGAGAAAAUGGGAGGAGAUGCCCCCAACGUUCCUGUACAAAAGCGUCGACGUGUUACGCGAGCUUGCGACGAGUGCAGGCGUAAGAAAAUCAAGUGCGAUGGCAAGCAGCCUUGCACUCAUUGCUCCGUCUACAGCUACGAGUGCACAUAUGACAAGCCUUCAAACCGCCGCAGAAACCCUGCUCCUCAGUACAUUGAGGCAUUGGAGAGCCGUCUGCAACGCGCCGAAACUCUUCUGCGCAAGUUCAUUCCCGACGUUGACUUGGCUGAUCCGACACUGGACCCUGCGGUACAGCAAGAGUUCCGCAGCAGAGAGCACGCACGAAGCCAAGCAGCCAAGCUGAGGCACGAACCUUUUGUUACUAACGAGAAGGAAGACGCGCAGCUUCUGUCCAUGAUCGAGUCCAUCGGUCAACUGGACUUGGACGAGAAGGGCGGAUGGGACUUCCACGGUGUCUCGUCCGGCGCCGUCUUCUUGCGGCGGAUGAAGGAGCACUUCCGGGGCAUGAUGGGACCCGUCACCAAAGUGCCGUUCCUCCCACGGCCAGAACGGCCGGCAGGCCUCAUCAACUUGGAUUCUCCAAUUUCGGCCGCCAGCUCUCCUUUCGACUCCACCAUAUCAACUCCCCCUGAGCUGCCUCCCAAGGAGGUUGCCAGGAGACUAUGUUACUACUCGCUGAAUUGCGCCACAUGUCUGAUCCGUGUGGUCCAUGUUCCUACUUUUUACGAAUUAUUUGAUCGCAUUUACGAAAAGUCUCACGAAGAUUACACCAAGGAAGAGCACCGUUUUGUGGGUUUGCUCUUUGCAGUCAUGGCUCUAGGCUGCAUGUACGCCAAUUUGGACGAGACUGCACCUCCCAGGGCUUACAAGGACUCUGUGGAAGAAGGAAUGAAGUACUACGAUGCCGCCAGGCGUAUCCUACAAGACAUCACGGAAUGCCGUGAUCUAACGUCACUUCAAGCACUGCUUUUUAUGAUUCUGUUCCUGCAAGCAACCUCGAACUUGAGCGGCUGUUAUGCAUUCGUAGGCAUUGCCCUUCGGUCAGCCCUGCGUAUGGGCCUGCACAGGUUCUUGAAGCACGAGCAGAUUUCCAUCAUUGAGCAGGAAGUGAGGAAGCGGGUGUUUUGGGUUAUACGACAGAUGGAUAUCUACGUCUCUGCUAUGCUCGGAUUUCCAUUGCUACUCAACGCGGACGAUAUCGACCAGCCGUACCCCACCGAAAUCGACGACGAGUACAUCACGAACGACGGCAUCCUAACACCGCCGCCGGGCGUAUUUUCUUUCUUUGAGGCCUUUAACGCCCACAGUCGCCUCAUGGAGAUUUUGGCCAAGAUCCUCAAAUUCGUCUACCCCUUGAAGGGCCUGGGGCAAAGCGUUAUGAAGGGAGACAAGCCAGGCACGACGUACCUCAUCAGCUACGCCAACAUCAAGCGGAUAGAGACCGAGUUGCAGGAGUGGUACGAGGUACUUCCUGCGCAGUGGCGACCCAGCCCGGAGGGUCCUAUUGAGGUGAUUCGCGUGCGCCACUUGUUGCGGUUCGCUUACGCACAUGUGCAGCUCGUCCUUUACCGGCCGUUCCUGCACUACGUAUCGCCUCGACUGAGCAUGGACAAGAACAUCGAUGAACUUUCGUAUGCUUGCGCUGCAGCCUGUAUCAGUGUAUCACGCAACAUUGUGCAUAUUGGUAUCGAAAUCCGCAAGCAAAACGUCCUUGCCGGGCCUUAUUGGUUUAUGCUCUUCACCGAGUUCUUCGCCAUCCUUUCUCUCGUCUUCUAUGCGAUCGAGAACCCCGAAAAGCUUGGCUCCGCGGAGGUGUUGGAGGAUGCCGUGGCAGGAAGAGACAUGGUCGCAAAACUACAGAACAAGAGCCAAGCCGCCGACAGGGUCACCGAGGCGCUCAAUGUCUUGUUCGAACAGCUGCCCGAGAGGCUCCGUCAAGCCAAGGCUCAGCCGAUCCCGACGAAGAAGCGGCCUGCGCAUGGGCCAAAGGCGAGCUCGAUGCCUAUCCACGGACACCCUGGCAUGCACCCGGGUGUCGGCCACCGCCGAUCCGAAGAACUAAGCCGAUCACCGAGUGUGUCCCUCGCCAACGGGCGGAUGUCGCAAGGCCCGAUGCGCGGCUCUUUCGACGGGGUGCCCAUUUCCGAGGCGGCGUUCCAGGACCCCAACCUCGCAAUGCAGGACCUGCUAUCCAUGGACAUGGCGUCGCGGGCCACUCCGGACUCGGUGAGCACGUCGGCAAGCUCGACUCGGCCGCAAGGAUUCCCGCCACCGCACGUCAACAACAUGAACCACAUCAGCAAGCUCGACUCGCUGAUGUUCCCGUCAGAGGAUCCGUUCGCCUACCCGAACCAGCCGAUGGUGGAGUUGGGCUACCAGAAGGGACCCGGGCCGAACAACGUCAGCGGUCCGCAGGAUACGUCCUCAUUCAUGAUGCCUGGGGCAUUCGACGAAAUCGACACACAACUACUCGGCCAGUCACCCGCGUACUUCCUGCACCAAGGACAGGGACAGCAGCAACAACAACAUCACCAGCCAGGAUUCGACAUGCCCAGUAUGUAUCAGCACUCGGGGUACACGGGCAUGACGGACUCUGCGAGGGUAGAACAGGCCAGGCGAGCACACAUGCAGCAACAGCAGCAAAGGCCGGGAGAUAUCGACAGGAUGCUCGCGGAGUCUGGUUACCAAAGCAACUGGGCGGCUGGAUUGCUCGCCAGGAACGGAUAUCAGGGCCUCUAG